AGCCAACAGCGUGUGGCUGCUUCCUUCAUUGCUUUGUCAUCGCAAAUGGAAAGUCAUGUGACAGUGAAACGCUGUUGUUGUCUACCUACUCAACUCUAGUUCUUCACACUCGAAUUACUCUCUGAGGAGGUUGCCUAGAAUGCUGUCUUUGGUCAUAAUCGUGGGCCUACUGGCUUUUGCCUUUGGUAAACCAUGUGCUACUGAAGGCUCCAACAGAGAGUUUCACCUUUCGCUCAAUAAGAAUCUCCUUCGCUCUCUGGAGACACAGGAAGGACUCCCCAAUCCCAGUGUCCACUUGGCAUUACGGCUUUCUGAUAACCACAACCCUCCCAAGGAGAGUGAACACCUGAACAGACUAAAAAACCUUUUGCACAAUGACAUUCAAAGUUCUCUCUCUAACAGCCAGUCCGUUGUCGGCCUCUUAGCGCUGUACACUUUGGCUUUGAAGUCCUCCUGCUACGACUUAAACACGGUGACCUUCACAGUUAGUGAGAAGAGUGAGACGCUGCUGACGCACCUAAAGAAGCAGAUGGAUGACGAAAAAGACAAUAUUGCGUUCAGCCACCGCCCAUUGACCAACUACUACCAGUACUCUCUUGGUGUGCUGGCUCUUUGCGUGAGUGGCAUCAGGGUCAACAACCAUGUCAGUAACAAGCUCAUCAAGGCAGUAGAAAUGGAACACUUCAAACAUGGAGACGAGAGCACCGAUACCAAUGCCAUGGCUGGAAUGGCACUUCAGUGUGUGAAGGACGCUGGUUCUCACGUGCAGAACGCUGCUGAGCUCGACGCAGCCCUCAGCCAGAUCAAGCAGAAGCUCUUGGCCUCCCGUCGGGACGACGGUCACAUCGGCAAUGAGUUCAGCACUGGCCUCGCCGUGCAGGCAUUAAUAGCAAUGGGCAGCAGAGUUGCAGAGUGCGCUGCCUCAAUGGAGGCCAUGAGGACAGACGCCAGAAGCAACACGUACAACAACCCCAUGGCCCUAUCGCAGAUCCUCCCAGCGCUGCAGCACAAAUCCUACCUGUCGAUUAAAAGCAAGGAGUGCCUCAAUGAGGACGACACGCUGGUGGUGGAGCCCAUAGAUCCUGUGGUGGAUUCAGGAAGCAAGUCCACGGUGACGGUGUUGGUGGAGGUGGUGGCGUCCAGCGGGGCAGCUGCUGUUUACUCCGUCGAUGUGCCAAAGGGAGACUCUCUGUUGGAGGCCCUUGAAAUUCUCAAGGGCAAGAAUGUUGGCUUCACGUUUGAGAAGGAGUCCAGCCUGUGGGGAAACUUCUUAAGUGCAGUAAACGGAGAGCAGGCGCGACAGAGCGACCGCAGAUACUGGCACCUCUCCUCUGAUGGCACUGCACUCAUUCAGGGUGUCAAUGACUUCAAGAUUGAGGCUGUGCAAAAAAUAACCAUCAAAAACACAAGUUACUAGAUUGAUAUGGAUCCAAAGCAGUUAAAUCUCUUUUCUACUAUGUUGUUUAGAGAUUAUUCUUCAUUUUUCUGAUCCCAUUAUGUAAUUUAGAACUUAUCAAACUCACAUUGCUCCUCUGAAUAUUCAAACAUUAGUAUGUAAAUUGUAAUGCUUUUUACACAUGAAUUAUUAAGUGAGUGUAAAAUGUUUUAUGAUUGUAGUUUUAAACAAAUACAAAAUUUCUGAAUGUC